ACUACUAACGGCUCUUUCCUUCUCGUUUCACAAAUACACCCAACACACCCAAAUUCAAUCGUUUACUCUCUCUCAAUUCACUUUCUUCUAACGGCUCUCUACUUCUUCCAGAAUUCAAUUCCCAUCUGAAUUCACCUUCUUCUCAAAAUUUCAAGCUUCCAUAACCCUAAUUUCAAUGGAUUCAUCUUCAAAAGUCAAUCCGGGGCGAAAAGUGAGGGCGGUCGUUAAGAUCAAAAGCUUACCUGAUCAGGAACUAGAUGGAGGAUCUACGACGUCGUGGAUAUCUGUGAAGAAGCCUGAUGGAGAAGCGUCCGACUCUGUAACCAUUUCUUUUGGAGAUCAACCACUGAGUCGUAAGGAGACUUAUGAAGUAGAUUAUUGCUAUGAGCAAAAUGAAGACACUGAAAGCAUAUUUGCAAGAGAGGUGAAAUCUUUGCUUCCUGGAGUCUUCGAUGGUCAUCAUGCAACAGUUAUUGCAUAUGGUGCAAGAGGCACUGGGAAAACUUCUAUAAUUCAGGGUACUAUUGAGAAACCAGGUUUGGCAUCAUUAUCCAUUAAUGAAUUACUUUCAAUGGCCAAAGAAAAAGGGAAAUCAAUUUUCAUAUCGUACUAUGAAGUUUAUAUGGACUAUGUCUAUGAUUUAUUGGAUCCAAAACGACCAACAGUUUUGGUGUUGGAUAAUGGUCAGGGGAAAAUACAACUUAAGGGACUUUCGCGGAUUCCAGUGAAAUCUCUAUCAGACUUCUAUGGACUAUAUUUUGUUGGUUCUAGUUCACAUAAACAAGGGCAAAAGAAUACAAAUGAACCCCCUCCCAGAAGGCACAGGGGCUUGAUAGUGCAUAUGUCAUCUACCAAUGAGUCUGCUUCAGAUACUCGUUUUGUUUCCAAGAUGAAUUUUGUUGACAUGGCUGGUUAUGAAGAUGCGAGAAGGAGAAGUACCGAUGGCAUGAGCCUUGUCGAAAAUAGUAAAAUUAACAAGUCCAUAUAUGCCUUGCUUAAUGUUGCUUCUGCCUUGAAUUCAAAUGAUAAUCAUGUGCCAUAUCGAGAAAGUAAGCUUACACGCAUCCUACAAGAUUCCUUGGGAGGAGCGCAAAGCAGGAUUUUGAUGAUUAGUUGCUUGAAUUCAUCAUUUUGCCAAGACUCCAUCUACAUGGCUAACUUAGCGGCUAGAUCUUGCCAAGUAACUAAGCGGGUUGCUUCAAGUGUCAUUAGGAAAAUGAAGAGUUCAACUAAUUCCGUGGUGCAUUCAUCACUUAAAAGCCAGAUACCUAAGAGUGUUUCUACAACCACAAAGAACCGGACUAUCUCCGGAACUUCUUUUUCUGAAAAGAAGGCUAGUGUUAGUACAACCUCCUCUACAACGAAAGGAAGGAAGUUGUUUGAUGAUGCAACAAGUUAUUUGGGAAAACUGGACAAGGAAACUAAAUUGUCAAGUGCAUCUUCUUCUAGACAUGUACUUAUGAAGAAUGGAGGACCUAUUUCUGUUGUAGACCAGGUGAAUCCAUUGCCAUCUUCUAUAAAGCCCAAAGAAGAAUCUACCUCUACAUUGGAAAAGGAAUUGUCGGCGGCAGAAAUUUCCAGUACAGUAGAAACUACCAUUGUGUCAGAGGGUGUUUCUAAUAGCAAUCAGGAACCUGAAAAAAUUGAUGAGAACAUGACUGUAUUAUCUGCCACGGGAGAUGGUCAAAACAUCAACGAGGGAAACAAUUACUCAAUGAUCAGUAUUGAUGACCUUCCUAUGGAAAGCACACCUGACGUGACCAGUAGCACCAGUUUGCCUGUUGUUCAAAGCUCAUAUUUGGACAAGGAAAACAAUAGUUAUGGGAUCAAUAAAGAUUCAUCUCCUCCAAUUAGUGCACAGUUAAAAGCGUUAUCAAACAGGUUGAGAUUAAUCAGUUCUUCUACACCAACGUGUUUAAAGAUCCCUGAUCUUGAUGAUCCAUGUGGCUUCAUCUCUACUGAUGUUGUUAUGGAACCAAAGACUCCAACCAUGGAACGGAGUUUGCAAGUUUAUGAUGAACAAGAUUUUGCAAGUCCAACUACUCCUUGGGAAACAUUAAGCAAGCGCAGCGCGGGUUUGCAGAAAUUACUUAUGGAUGAUCUUUUAAAGUUUAUUAUCUCAGCUAGCAAGGAAGAAUUGAAACAAUUGAAUGGUAUUGGAGAGAAGAGAGCAACCUCAAUUAUUAAACUUCGUGAAAAAUCGUUUGAGUCUUUUAAGAGUCUCGAUGAUUUAAUGAAAAUCGGCCUAUCAGCAAAACAGAUUAAAGGAUUGUUGAAAAAAGAAGUUGGUGAGCUAUUGUUUAAUUAGGAGCCAAAGGGAACUGAAGGAUCCUUCUUUCUUAUUACUGUACUGUACUCUGUAGAUCAUCAUUUUUCCACAUGAAAUAAGAAUGUCUAAAUAACGAGUCUAUAUUUGGUGUGUAUGUAUAAUUUGGUAUAUAAUAUACAGAGCUUAGAUUAAAAUACCAUUCCAAUACGUGUGAUUUGAGUUUCA